AUGACGGUUUCUCCAUUGAUAUUCGGGUUAGUUAUGUUAUUCGGAUCGAGUUCGUGGAUGGGUACAAAUAGUGUAUGGGUAGAAUUACCGCUGUUGACAUCGGUUUUGCCUGAAGGAUGGAAUUUACCUAGUUAUUUAGCAGCUGUUGUUCAAGUAAGUGUUUUUUCUCUAUUUUGAUCGAAGCUUUGGAUUUUUUAGAUUGCAUGUGUUGCUCCGCUUGUUUAUACAGUUUUGCACAAAGGAGUUAAAUCAUUCAGUGUUUCAACACCAUUGCUGAUAUUCAUAUUUUUAAUUCUGGCUUGUAUAUGUCAAUUAGGUGAGUUUUUUCAGUGGUAAAAAAGAAAAACAAGAUAUUGUUUCAGGUCUCGGUAUAUUUUGGAGUUAUUCAUCAGUUUUUUUGGGAACCCAACGAUCUUGGCCACUCUACCUCCUAUUAUUUGGUCUCGCCAUAGUCAAUGCCAUAUCAAAUGUAUUAUUUAUGCCAUUCAUGGCUCGAUUUCAUCCGGCUUAUUUGAAUGCUUACUUUGUUGGAAUGGGUCUCAGUUCACUAAUCCCAUCAAUUCUUUCGUUGAUUCAAGGAACAUCCAAUUAUGAAUGUAAUCCAAAUGGACAACCCACAUAUUUCCCUCCAAAUUUCACAGUUUCCACGUUUUUCUACGUGAUUUUCGGAUGCACUUGUGUAGCACUGAUUGCAUUUUUGGUUCUCUAUCGACUUGGAGCACACAAACAUGCUAAUCAAAAUAAGAAAAUUCACGAAGGAACGCCACUAAAGAACGCAAAAUCACCGCCAGCGACACCACCAUCAGAACCAGAAGAUGAUGUUGAUCCAAUCGAAUUACACGAAACUGGAUCAACAGCAAUUGAUGGAAUUGUAACUGAACUUGAACGAGAAAAAACAUCGAUAUCUGAAUCAAUCAAAAAUGUUGAUUAUAUAACUGGGGUUGAAUAUACGAUUUUAUUAUUAACAACAGCAUUGGUGAAUGCACAAAUGAAUGGAAUAAUUCCAAGUGUACAAAGUUAUGCAUCUCUACCGUAUUCUCAAUCAACAUAUCAUUAUGGAAUUGCAUUGGCAAAUGUUAUUUCACCACUUGUUUCAUUUCUUCCAUUCUUCAUCAAUCUUCGAAGUUUUCCGAUUUUAGGAUUUUUGACAAUUUGCUCAAGUGUGUUUACGGGAUUUAUUGUAUAUCUUGCGGCACUUUCACCAAAUUUAAUAUUUGAUUCUGAAUCGAUUGGAAGUAUUUUAUCAAUUGGGAGUAGUUUGAUUGCAGCUGGAUUACAUUCAUAUCUUCGAGUUGUAUUUGCUUCUCUUUUGAGAGAAGGCCAUCAAAGUGAAUCUAGAUUAUUUUGGUGUGGAGUAUUCAUUCAGGUACUUUUUAAAAAUAUUUGGAAGAUUUUGGGAGAGUUCUUUCUUAUAAAAAAAUUUCAAUAAUUUCAGAUUGGAUCAUUCAUUGGAUCUGCUGUGAUGUUCCCAUUGGUCAAUAUUUUCAAAUUGUUCCAUUCUGCGCCGGCUUGCCGAUAG